AUGAGGACAAGCCUGAAGAGCCUGUUCUUGGGGAGGGCUUUGUCUUUCCUCUUUGGGACCUUUGACUCCACCAUGCUGACUGGUCAGGGAUUGUUGGACAGGGCUCUGUCUACUGCAGCUGAGCUCCAUGCCUUUGCCGCCACACACAAGAGACCUCCUGGGAGCCACGAUGCCUGCGUCAACACAGACCCAGCUUCUCCUCACUCAGAUGAAGCCGUUUCUGCCCAACCUGCUGUCACUACUGCUGUUUCUGGACCUGCCACUCUCCCUCCUGAAUUGUUCCUGAAUCUGCGGUUCCCUAGAGACCCUCCUGUCCAGGACACAGAGACACCACGGGAGACCCAAUUAGAGAGGAACACGGUGAGAGGACUAUAUAAUGAAAACAUCUAAUGGAACAUGUUCAAUACACCGGUACAGAUCAUUUAUCCUGUUUCAUGCAUAUUAUUAUUUAUUACUUUUUUUACUUUUACCCCUUUUUCUCCCCACCACAAGGAGUCGCUAGAGCGCGAUGGAACAAGGAAUUCCCAGCCGGUCAAACUCUCCCCUAACCCGGACGACGCUGGGCCAAUUGUGCGCCGCCUCAUGGGUCUCCCGGUCACGGCCGAACCCGGGUCUGUAGUGACGCCUCAAGCACUGCAAUGUUUCAUGCAUUUUAAUCGCUAUGUAAUGGUCUUAUCUCUCUCUCUCCCUGACUCUCAGGAUGUGCAGGGUCGUCAGUUCAUAAAUGUGAUAGAUCUGGAGGAUGGGGCUCUGCUACAGGAGUUGCCUGCGGUGCGGGACCGGGACGUCACCCCCUUUCAGCCCUCUCCCCCCACCUCUGCACAACUCCACCUGCUAGCAGCCUCCGUCACCAACUCAGCCCCUCCGGAACUCACUGCAGACACCAGAGCAGAGGAUGACCUACCCCAAGCUCAGCCAGGUAGUCUGAGUCAAUAUCAUCUAUUCACUCUGCUACAAUAACAGUAGAGUUGUAGCUACGUUUCUCCAAAUACAGUAUUGUCUGUCUGUAAUAUGUCCUGUGUCUCCUCCAGGCAUCUCUGUAGCGUCCCCUCCACAUGCCCACCCUGAGCCCAGUGGAAACCCAGUGAGUCAGCCUGCUGCAGGAGAGGAGAGCCCCAGGCCGGGCCAUGGAGACCAGGAGUCCAUGGUCCCAUCGCGGAGCUCCAUCCAGGGCCUCAGUGAUCCAGGUGUCUGCCCAUCUGUCUGAGAUGGAUGCCCAGCUAGCUGCCUUACAGAACAUCGCAGAUUACAUGGAAAGAGAGUUUGCCAAUAGCAGACUGGUAACGUAGCUUUGUGGGAUUUACAUUUAUACUCCUAAACUGGCCUGUGUCCUCUUGUCUGCCUGAUUAUUGGCAAGUCAAUGAGUGUUGGAGAGAAGAACACCACUGAACAACUCACCUCCUUGCAGCAGUAUUCAGGUCUGUAUCAUCUGCUUUAGUAAGCUGUAUGUUGAUUGUGUGUUUCUCUUGCAGAUUUGACAGACAUGGAUGGAGCAUCUGGAAAGUAAGUGUGUGAACUGAUAGUGCUCAUUUAACAUUUCUAAAUGUUACUAAAUACAUUACUGCUGUUAGUUACCCUCUGUGCAUUACCCUCUUACAUUUUUUAUUAGAUUUCUUAACUCAAAAGUUAAGCAUUUAACUUUACUUGUGCACGUGACAACUUUAAUUGAACUGACUAUCUCCUGGGACAAGAUGUGUGCAGGGGUCACAAGGGAAGGAUCACAAUAAAGGAAACCCAUUGAUGUGCCUUUAUUUACAUUUACAUCAUUUAGCAGACGCUCUUAUCCAAAGCGACUUACAAAUUGGUGCAUUCAAGUUAUGAUUUUUUUUUGAGGAGGGGGGGUCUGGGGUAGAAGGAUUACUUUAUACUAUUCCAGGUAUUCCUUAAAGAGAUAGGGUUUCAAGUGUCUCCGGAAGGUGGUCAGUGACUCCGCUGUCCUGGCGUCGUGGGGGAGCUUGUUCCACCAUUGGGGUGCCAGAGCAGCGAAUAGCUUUGACUGGGCUGAGCGGGAACUGUGCUUCCGUAGAGGUAGGGGAGCUAGCAGGUCAGAGGUGUAUGAACGUAGUGCCCUCGUUUGGGUGUAGGGUCUGAUCAGAGCCUGAAGGUAAGGAGGUGCCGUUCCCCUCACAGCUCCGUAGGCAAGCACCAUGGUCUUGUAGUAGAUGCGAGCCUCAACUGGAAGCCAGUGGAGUGUGCGGAGGAGCGGGGUGACAUGAGAGAACUUGGGAAGGUUGAACACCAGACGGGCUGCAGCGUUCUGGAUAAGUUGUAGGGGUUUAAUGACACAGGCAGGGAGCCCAGCCAACAGCGAGUUGCAGUAAUCCAGACGGGAGAUGACAAGUGCCUGGAUUAGGACCUGUGCCGCUUUCUGUGUAAAGUAGGGUCGUACUCUGCGAAUGUUGUAGAGCAUGAACCUGCAGGAAAAGGUCACCGCUUUGAUGUUAGCGGAGAACGACAGGGUGUUGUCCAGGGUCACGCCAAGGUUCUUUGCACUCUGGGAGGAGGACACAAUGGAGUUGUCAACCAUGAUGGCGAAAUCAUGGAGCGGGCAGUCCUUCCCCGGGAGGAAGAGCAGCUCCGUCUUGCCGAGGUUCAGCUUGAGGUGGUGAUCUGACAUCCACACUGAUAUGUCUGCCAGACAUGCAGAGAUGCGAUUCACCACCUGGUUAUCAGAAGAGGGAAAGGAGAAAAUUAAUUGUGUGUCGUCUGCAUAGCAAUGAUAGGAGAGACCAUGUGAGGAUAUGACAGAGCCAAGUGACUUGGUGUAUAGAGAGAAUAGGAGAGGGCCUAGAACUGAGCCCUGGGGGACACCAGUGGUGAGAGCACGUGGUGCGGAGACAGAUUCUCGCCACGCCACCUGGUAGGAGCGACCUGUCAGGUAGGACGCAAUCCAAGAGUGAGCAGCGCCGGAGAUGCCCAACUCGGAGAGGGUGGAGAGGAGGAUCUGAUGGUUCACAGUAUCAAAGGCAGCGGAUAGGUCUAGAAGGAUAAGAGCAGAGGAGAGAGAGUUAGCUUUAACAGUGCGGAGAGCCUCCGUGACACAGAGAAGAGCAGUCUCAGUUGAAUGACCAGUCUUGAAACCUGACUGGUUUGGAUCAAGAAGGUCAUUCUGAGAGAGAUAGCAGGAGAGUUGGCUAGAGACGGCACGCUCAAGAGUUUUGGAGAGAAAAGAAAGAAGGGAUACUGGUCUGUAGUUGUUGACAUCAGAGGGAUCGAGUGUAGGUUUUUUGAGGAGGGGUGCAACUCUCGCUCUCUUGAAGACGGAAGGGACAUAGCCAGCGGUCAAGGAUGAGUUGAUGAGCGAGGUGAGGUAAGGGAGAAGGUCUCCGGAAAUGGUCUGGAGAAGAGAGGAGGGGAUAGGGUCAAGCGGGCAGGUUGUUGGGCGGCCGGCCGUCACAAGUCGCAAGAUUUCAUCUGGAGAGAGAGGGGAGAAAGAAGUCAAAGCAUAGGGUAGGGCAGUGUGAGCAGGACCAGCGGUGUCAUUUGACUUAAUAAAUUAGGAUCGGAUGUCGUCAACCUUCUUUUCAAAAUGGUUGACGAAGUCAUCCACAGAGAGGGGAGGGGGAGGAGGAGGAGGUGGCAAAGAGCUUCCUAGAGUUAGAGGCAGAGGCUUGAAAUUUAGAGUGGCUGAAAGUGGCUUUAGCAGCAGAAACAGAGGAAGAAAAUGUAGAGAGGAAGGAGUGAAAAGAUGACAGGUCCGCAGGGAGUCUAGUUUUCCUCCAUUUCCGUUCGGUUGCCCGAAGCCCUCUUCUGUGAGCUCGCAAUGAGUCGUCAAGCCACGGAGCAGGAGGGGAGGACCGAGCCGGCCGGGAGGAUAGGGGACGUAGAGAGUCAAAAGAUGCAGAAAGGGAGGAGAGGAUGGUUGAGGAGGCAGAAUCAGGAGAUCGGAGGGAGAAGGAUUUAGCAGAGGGAAGAGAUGAUAGGAUGGAAGAGGAGAGAGUAGCGGGAGAGAGAGAGCGAAGGUUGCGACGGCGCAUUACCAUCUGAGUAGGGGCAGAGUGAGUAGUGUUGGAGGAGAGCGAGAGAGAAAAGGAUACAAAGUAGUGGUCGGAGACUUGGAGGGAGGUUGCAGUGAGAUUAGUAGAAGAACAGCAUCUAGUAAAGAUGAGGUCAAGCGUAUUGCCUGCCUUGUGAGUAGGAGGGGACGGUGAGAGGGUGAGGUCAAAAGAGGAAAGGAGUGGAAAGGAGGAGGCAGAGAGAAAUUAGUCAAAGGCAGACGUAGGGUGGUUAAAGUCACCCAGAACUGUGAGGGGUGAGCCAUCCUUUAUCCUUUAUGCUGUUAUAUUAUUUGAAAGUGGCUCAACUGUUCAUGGGAGCAUGUGGAAGGAAGUAGGUACUGUGUGUGUCUUGUCAUGACUUCUCUUGGGACCAGAGAAUCAGCAUCAUCGUAUUAUCGGUACUCAUGGUGCUUUCAAGACAACUCUGAACCUCUGAGUUAAAAUGUGCAUACGGUUUUUGCGUAGAGCUUCCUAUUGGUUGAUUCUGAUACUUUCAAAGGGGGAAACUCUGAGCUCAUCUUUAUACAAUGAGUUUCCAAGUGAAAUUUCAGUUUCGAGUUGUCUUGAACGUAGCAUCAGCAUCAUGCCACAUCUUUGUAGUGUAUUGAUUGAGUUUGUCAUGUCAGUUUUCAGAGAUCCAGUGUGUGUGUGUGUGUGUAUAUAUGACAUUUUUGUUUUGUGUUUAAAAUACCUGUAAAUUAUUAUUUUUUAUAAGAAUUUAUGUACAUAAUCAGCUGAUGUUGAUUUCCAUGAAAUAAAGUGUUUGAAUGUAUUCUUUGUGCUUUGAUGCAUAGUUCAACAUGUUUUUGCUAUAUUUUUUUAUAAAGACUGAUGUGCUAUGACGUGUCUCUUUUUUUUUUUGGAAGAUACAACAUCUUGACAUUGGUUACUUCAAAUAACAUCUACGCAAAAGUCAACUACUGUAUGUGGGAACAUUAUCAGUAGAUAGAAAUGACCACUGGGUGGCAGUGGCUUAGGCGCUUUUGUUGAAAUAUUGAAGCAGCUUCCGGGGUUAUAGUUCAAGUAAACUUUGAAACAUGGAUCCUAACAAAACGGGCAAUGGUAAACGUUAUUAGCUGUUUUUUGGGGAGUAAAUUUGAUAAUUAUCUAAAUAAAUGGUUGCAGGAAACAAUGUUUCUAGCAAGCAUGAUUAUUCAGUGUGCUGAAAGUUCGAUCAUCCUAUUGUUACUGCUUGCUAGCUAGCAUUUUUGGUAGCCAGCUAACGUUAGUUACUACAGGAACUCUUUCAAUGAGCAAUGCAUUCUGAAAUAUUUUCUGAAUUAAACAUGUUUCCAACCUGCAAAGUAGCUCAAUCUAAACAAAGUGUGUGUCCUCGUGCAGCUUUCAAUCCACAGCACGCGGCAGUAGUAAAUAACUUUAGUUAGCUGUUUGUCUGGAGUGUAGUCGGUUUAUCAGUCAAUGAUGUAUACAAACUGUCAUAGUGUGACGAUGCUAACAUAUUGUACAAGUAUUGACAUUUGUAUCUAUUUCUUGUUUUAAAAAACAAAGUCAAGUGGUGAAUGAAUGAAGCAGUCAGUGGGAAUGAAACUUUUUCCUGUCUUUUAGCGUCCUACCAGAGGAAUGCAGAUAUGGCCUCUGUCAUGGGAUUCUCUGGCUUUGGUAAGUGUUACUUUCCUUGGCCUUCAUAUCAACCUGAUAUCAACCAACGGUGGAAAAAGUACCCAAUUGUCAUACUUGAGUGAAAGUAAAGAUCCCAUAAUAGAAAAUGACUGAAGUGAAAGUCACCCAGUAAAAUCCUAUUUGUGUAUACUUAAAUAUAAAUAGUAAAUGUAAUUGCUAAAAUAUACUAAAGUAUCAAAAGUAAAAGUAUAAACCAUUUCAAAUUCCUUAUAUUAAGCAAACCAGACGGCACCAUUUUCUUAUUUGUAUUUUUUUUUUACAAUUUACGGAUAGCCAGGGGCAUGCUCCAACCCUCAGACAGUUUACAAACGAAGCAUGUGCUUAGUGAGUCCGCCAGAUCAGAGGCAGUAGGGAUGACCAGGGAUGUUCUCAUGAUAAGUGUGUGAAUUAGACCAUUUUCCUGUCCUGCUAAGCAUUCAGGGGAAAUGUAUGGAGUAAGACAUCAUUGUAAAGACAAGAAGUGUAAAGUUGUCAAAAAUAUAAAUAGUAAAAUAAGUACAGAUCACUGAUAUCAACAACAAAUUCACCAUAAAUGUGUUUUAAAAUGUGAAUACAGCAUUUUCAUACCAGCCUUUCUCGCUUCCAUCUAGGAAAGAAAGCCUGCAUUUUUCAGCUGGAUGGCAUCUUUGAGCAGACCCGAAGACCGCUGACGACACACAACUGACGACACACAACUAAUCUUCUCCUUUCCCCCUUCUGAUCUCGCCAUCACGGUUGACAACUCCGUUGUGUCCUCCUGCCAGAGUGCGAAGAGCCUUGGCGUGACCCUGGACAACACCCUGUCGUUCUCCGCUAACAUCAAGGCGGUGACCCGAUCCUGCAGGUUCAUGCUCUACAACAUUCGGAGAGUACGACCCUACCUUACACAGGAAGCGGCACAGGUCCUAAUCCAGGCACUUGUCAUCUCCCGUCUGGAUUACUGCAACUCGCUGUUGGCUGGGCUCCCUGCCUGUGCCAUUAAACCCCUACAACUCAUCCAGAAUGCCGCAGCCCGUCUGGUGUUCAACCUUCCCAAGUUCUCUUACGUCACCCCGCUCCUCCGCACACUCCGCACACUCCACUGGCUUCCAGUUGAAGCUCGCAUCUGCUACAAGACCAUGGUGCUUGCCUACGGAGCUGUGAGGGGAACGGCACCUCCGUACCUUCAGGCUCUGAUCAGUCCCUACACCCAAACGAGGGCAUUGCGUUCAUCCACCUCUGGCCUGCUGGCUCCCCUACCUCUGUGGAAGCAUAGUUCCCGCUCAGCCCAGUCAAAACUGUUCGCUGCUCUGGCACCCCAAUGGUGGAACAAGCUCCCUCACAACGCCAGGACAGCGGAGUCACUCACCACCUUCCGGAGACAUUUGAAACCCCACCUCUUUAAGGAAUACCUGGGAUAGGAUAAAGUAAUCCUUCUACCCCCCCCUUACCCCAACCCCCAAACCAAAAACAAAAAAACAAACAAAAAAAACAUUGUAAAGUGGUGAUCCCACUGGCUGUAAGGUGAAUGCACCUAUUUGUAAGUCGCUCUGGAUAAGAGCGUCUGCUAAAUGACGUAAAUGUAAUGUAAAUGAGUCAGCAAGUAUUAGGUUUAUGACAUAGCUAAGUGCAUUUUAACUCAGUUUUAGUGUGUGGGUGUUUUAAGUGUCUAACUUCUGUUGUGUCUCCCUCAGAGGAGAGGCAGAAGGAAGAGGCAGAGGAUAGCUCCCAUACAGCCAAGGCAUCAAGCUCCAAACAGAGAGACAGAGCUCCUGCACACAGGUAACACACACAAUCCAUCCUAACUGACCAAUUACUUUUACAUGCUCUGAGUUAAAAUAACUGGGUGGGAGGUUCAUUCAAUUGCACUGGAUUUAGUAUUUUAUUAGGAUCCCCAAUAGCUGUUGCUAAGGCAGCAGCUACUCUUCCUGGGGUCCACAUAAAACAUGGCAUAAUACAGAACAUUAAUGAACAAGAACAGUUCAAGGACAGAACUACAUACAUUUUAAGAAUCGAGUGUUGUUAUUAUUACCAGUGUGUGAUUGGCUGGAUUAUAAUAACCCAUGGGCCUCUAUCACCCUCUACCAUGCAGGAAGAAGGAGAGUGGCAGCGGCAGCAGUGACUCAGAGCUCAUCCCCCACCCCCCCAGUGCCCCAACAUCUGAUUGGUCAGGAGGAGGAUGAUAACUUGGUGGGGCCACCACUACCACCAGGGUACAGAGAAAGCACAGCAGACGAUGAUAAUGAGGAUAUGCAGAUGAAGAAGAUGAUGUAAGUCUGUUUGUGUUUCCACUUUGCACACAAGGAAACGACUGAACGUUUUACAUAGAUUUACUUGAGGUUAAAAAACAUCCGCUCCCAUACUGUUGCUAAACCACUUCUUAAGUACAUACAUUUACAUUAGCAGGACAAGUAUAUUCAUACUGAUGAUCUUCAUACGUUUCAGUCUGCAACACUGAAAAAUGUACAGUCAUAAAAGCCGCAUAAUUAUUUUUGUGUUGUGUUCUUACUAUGUUAUACCACCAGAGGGUAGCACAGUCUUAGCAUUGCCUGAGACUAGCUUUAUCGUUCCAUUUUACACAAUGGUCUUCACAAGGAAUCAUGGGAAGCAAGAGUUGGCUUUCUCACACCAAGCUCCUGAUAAAAAACCAUUGUUUUAAAGUAUGUAGGCCACUGAAAGGCAGCGCCCAAAGACACUUGGCCAGAUGGUUUUCUCCUUAAAAAAACGUAUCUCUCAUCUCCCCCUCUCACUCUGAGUAGUAAAUGUCUCUUCGCUGUGUGUGCGAUAUGGGUGAUGUAGUCCAUAGUGUUGUCACGAGACCAGUAUAACUAUACCAGGAAGCAAAGGAAAAUAAACAGUCCUAAUGUUGGAAAAAACAGCCUUAUAUUGUCACCCAGAGUCACAUUUGUUUCUUUUCCAAGCUAUAGCACAUAAUAUUGUAUAGAAAUAGGUUUUAAAGGACUAUAGAGUUUAGUCUGCUUUGUGUUUUUCUUUUUUGACAAGGAAAAUGUGGUAUCGUAGUAUUGCGAUACUGGUAUCGUGACAACACUAAUAGCCUAGACACCCAGCGUUCUCAGGGCAGGGGUGAUUUGAGGCCACCACAGUGAUGGAUGGUGUCCUGUGACAGGUCGGCCUCUGGUAAUAACACAGCCCUCAGGCCAAACAAAGCCCUCCCAUUGGGUGCAGGUGUAGCUAGUGGGCACUGCUGUGGAAGAAAACCAGCCUGUAACAUAUCACACAGCCCAUUAAAGCUGAAAUAUCGUGUAUGACAGAGUGCCAGGCAGCCCACUCCACCACCAACCACCAACACAUGUAUGACAGUCCACUUCCUCUCUCUCUCUCAGAAUCCAGUGAAGAAGAUUCCAGACACUCAUGAGUUCACUCUGUAGCAUGGCUCUAAAACAGUAAGUAUUUUCCUACUUUUCUCCCUUUUAAACCCCCUCUAUAUUUAUUAACUGCAAUUUUAUAGCACCUUCCAAUGUGGAUUCCAAGUCCAAACUGCUCAUUGGUGCUCAAUGCACUCAUGAGCACGUUUUACAUAUAGCACCCAGUAAUGAGCAUAUUUCCCAGUGAACCUCUCCUCAGAUUCAUCAAAAGGCUAGGCAAUGCACAGCCAGACGAACGACUGGGACUCUCAGCCAAGAUUGUGUCCAUUGUGCACUAAGCUGAGCCGUCAUUCUCUGGCUGGUUAGAAUGUGCGCUAGUAGCCUGGCAGCUAAUAUGUGUUAGUUGUAAGCUCCCUGGCAGGUGAAGUAACCUCUGUCUGCUCCUUCCCUGCUCAGGUGUCCGCCUUGGCAUUGGACCCCUCUGGAUCCCGCCUGGUCACCGGGGGAUACGACUUUGACGUGCGCUUCUGGGACUUUGCUGGGAUGGAUGCAGCUCUGAAUUCCUUCAGGACAAUACAACCCUGUGAAUGGUGAGUCCACCACCUAGACUAGAACAUACACAUACCUACCGAAGCGCUCACACACAUGCACAAACGUGUUGUUGUCUCGCUUCAGUGAACCUCAUGUUAACGGUAGUACCUCAUGUCUGAGGAAUGGAUCCUCGCACUUUAAUUGGAGAGCUUGUGUACAUGUGUAUCACUGUGUAUUUAAUUUGAGUUUUGUGGAACCCAUCAGGGAAUGCAUUCUCAGGGGUUUUGAGAACCAAUGGGCUGAGCUGGAGCGGGCUUUCCCUGAAUGUUAUUAGCAGAACUCUACGCCAUAUUUAGCCUGAUUACAGAGCCAUCCAUUAGCUUUUGCAGUCACUGACACACUGGGCCAUAUUUGGAGAGCCGUGCGAAGCCCACUGUUCCUCCCUUCAUGUCCUGCAGGGCUCACACUAAUGUUAGGGUCUUCUCCUCAACGAGGAACCUUGAUUGGUUCACUGACUCUUUCUCUAAAGGAAAUCCAAUGAGUGAUUCCUGCACUGUGUUCAAGUCCCUGGAGAUAGGAACCCACUUUAUUUAACAAUGGUCCCCAUCCCUGAGCUUUCUGCUUCCCACACGAAAAUGUCUCUGGCCCCUCUACCCCCUGCUGUGUUAAUGCGGUUUGAUAUUGACCUGAAUUGCUAUCUGCACUUUGGGAGAGUAGUUAUGUGCGUGCCGCGUGUUGUAUGCUUGUGCAGCUUAGUGGGUAACAGUUCAGCAAACAGAUUGGUAUUGUGAAGGGGUUGCUGGUGGAGCUAAAUACCAAUCUUUGGGCUCAUUUGAGCCCUCCGCUCUCCUUUUGUUGCUGGAAAGAAGAAACCCAACUAUGUCUAGUGCAGCCAAGGCUAGGCUCGGUGUGUGUUCCAUUCUCCUGUUCCAGUCUGAUGGGCUUUUCAUUGUGUUGAGUCUGAGGGACAGAGGGAGACCCAGACCUAGACAUCUCCACUGUCUGUCUGUAUUAUAGCACUUUACAUUGUUUGCGAGAUCAGACAUAAUAUCACUCACUAUACUGAGUUUUCAUUUUUGGAAGUUGCUUUCAUUUCAUUCAGCGCAUCUAAUUUGUAAACAUUUCAACUGUAUUAAAUUAUUAAUUUUUAUUUAUUAAAGUUAUUUAUUAUCUUUCUUGUGCUGUAAGUGUCGAGACGAUGCGUUAAAUCUCAGACGAAGUGUUCUUAUAGAUGCAACAGAAAAACAACGUAUUCCAUUGAGACCAUUUCAGCCAUUACCGGGUGUGUGUUUGACAGGUCAUUACAAACAUUUCCACGAUUAUAACAUUAACAGGAAAAAACGACAGGCACAAGCAAGAAUAUGAAAGAGUCGCAGGAGUAAAUAGAAAGCAAUCAAUCCAGCGAGAUUUAAGUGACAAGUGGAUUUUGCAUCCCUCAAACACAGGAAAUAGAUGGCUGAAAAAGACAUCCUCAGGUGGGCGGGGCAUGCGCACUGCAUCGCUCUGUGAUGUGUGUUGUCACGGUUCCUAUGGUUAUAGGAGCCUAUUGGUUAUUUUAGUCUGUUUUAAAACUUCUUCAGGAUUGAAAGCUGUUAUAUAACAAUGCUGAAUCUCUGAUGGAUUUCCUACUUAUUCCUUCCUGAUUCCAGGAAUCUUCGAACCAGGAAUUCUGGAAAACCAGGGAAUUUCGUGAAAGUUACUGGAUUUUUGCAACCCUACACAGGAAUGAUAAGUAAAAAGCUUUGCCUUUCUCAUCCUCUCACUUUGUGUCCCCUCUCAGCCACCAGAUCAGGUCCCUGCAAUACAGCAUCACCGGUGAUGUCAUCCUGGUGGUCUCUGGGAAUGCCUAG